UCCUUAUCUGAACAGCACAGCGCGAAGAAUAGAUUACUCGUUAAUGGACUAAAUCGGAUCCACCGCCCACCACCACCGCCACCGCGAGAGGAAGAAGACGGCUUCCUCCCCCAGCCGUCGUGGCGAGCUGGCGCGGUUUGUCUUGAUUGGUGGUUGAUAAACAAGAAGGAAAAUGGAAAAGUAGAAAAUCUACAUGUUUAUACCGUUGAGGUAUGCCUGUGCGGACACCCGGCCGGAAAUCAGCUGCAGAUUCAUUUCCCGGCCGCGGCGCCGGCCGUCGCCAUCGACGCCGCUUCAAAUCCAUGGCUUUUUUUACGCUUUCCUCUCCAGCGGCUCCUGCGUAGUCCUUUGACACGCCUGACGCCGCCCCCCACCCAAACCCCCCUUUAAAACCCGCCACCGUCGCCACCGACUCGCCAUCACCCGACAGACAGAGCUUUAUUCCCCCGGAAAGAAAGUAGCGACGGCGAGAGCGAAGAAAGUCCGGCGAGGCGGCGGCCGGGGGGGAGGAGGACGAUGCCGGGCGCGGUGAAGGCGGGGAGCAGGCCGCCGUGGCUGGGUCUCGGGGCGGCCGUGUGGCUGCAGGCGUCGGCGGGGACCAGCUCCGCCUUCGCGCUCUACUCGCACGCGCUCAAGGUGGCGCUCGGCGCCGACCAGAGCCGCGUCGCGCUGCUCGGGGUCGCCUGCAACGUCGGGGACAGCCUUGGCCUCCUCCCGGGCGUCGUCUGCAACAAGCUCCACCCGGCCCUGCUCCUGCUCGUCGCCGCCGCCUCCGGCCUCCUCGGCUACGGGGUCACCUGGCUCGCCGUCUCCGGCGUCGCCCCGGCGCUGCCCUACUGGCUGAUAUGGAUCGCAUUAUGCAUGGGUUCGAACAGCGGUGCGUGGAUGUCGACCGCCGCAUUAGUAACCAACAUGAGGAACUUCCCACUCAGCAGAGGUGCUGUUGCCGGCAUCCUCAAGGGCUACUCUGGUCUAAGUGCAGCUGUAUACACUGCCAUUUACACGGGUGCGCUUCACGGUUCAGCUGCAAACCUCCUGCUUUUUCUCACCCUGGGAGUUGCCAUCGUGUGCCUUCUGGCGAUGUACUUUGUGAGGCCUUGUGAGCCUUCUCUGGUGGAGAAUUCCUCGGAGCGAGUUCACUUCCUGUUCGUACAGAUCAACAGUGCUCUUCUUGGGGUUUAUCUCGUCUGUGCCACGACAUUGGAUCGUUUUGUGACUCUCACCCCUGCUCUGAACUAUUCCUUGAUUGCUAUUAUGGUCAUUCUCAUUCUUGCACCGUUUGCGAUACCUGUGAAGAUGACAUUGUUUCGAAGCGUCCCAAGGAAAGUCACUUCUGCUGCUGCUGACAAUGAUUUCACAGAACCAUUUCUUCUGCCUUCUUCCUCUGAACCAAACUUCGGCAAAAUUGAAGAUGAGGAUGCUGCAGAUAUUGAUCUUCUCUUAGCUGAGGGUGAAGGGGCUGUGAAGCAGAAGAGAAGAAGACCAAAAAGGGGAGAGGACUUCAGGUUCCGUGAAGCUCUGCUAAAGGCAGAUUUCUGGUUGCUCUUUGCAGUAUUCUUUAUAGGUGUUGGAUCUGGAGUCACCGUCCUUAACAAUCUAGCACAAGUUGGAACUGCAGCAGGUGUUGUUGGCACAACCAUAUCAGUCUCUCUCUUCAGUUUGGGCAACUUCUUUGGCCGCUUAGGAGGUGGUGCUGUUUCUGAUUAUUUUGUCAGGUCAAGGACACUUCCACGGACAGUACUGAUCACAUGCACCCAAGUGGUGAUGAUAGUCAACUACCUAGUCUUCGCGCUGGGUCUCAAGGCUACGCUCUACAUCUCCGUUGCCAUACUCGGCGUGUGCUAUGGCGUCCAUUUCUCGGUGAUGGUGUCGACGUCAUCGGAGCUGUUUGGGCUAAAGCAGUUUGGGAAGAUCUACAACUUCAUCUUGCUGGCGAACCCACUUGGCGCGCUCGUGUUCAGCAGCCUCGCUGGGUAUGUCUACGAUCAUGAAGCGGCAAAACAGCACAGCGUCGCAGCAGUGGCGGGCUCUGACCAUGUCAUGGUAUGCUACGGCCCCAGCUGUUUCAGGCUCACGUUCUUUGUGCUGUCAGGCAUGGCAUGCUUGGGAACGUUUCUGAGCGUGAUCCUGACCGUGAGGAUCCGACCAGUGUAUCAGACGCUCUAUGGAGGUGGACCCUCGAGCCAGCCCAGGAGCUCUGCGCAUUGAUGCCCGGUGACCGGUGAGCUUGUUUAGUGAUCUGUUGUAAUGUAUUGUACUUGAAAUAUGAGCACGUGUUUAUUUUCUUUUUUUGGGGGGUGUUCUGUAUUGCGGUUUUGGGACCUGGUUCUUGACAAGUUCAGUCUAGGUCUCUGUAUAUGGUGAAGAAUGAGCUAUGUUAUUUUUUGAGUCGUUGCUGGUUUCUGGUUGAUCUGCUGGAGCAUGAACCCCAGGAUACAAAUGUAACAACUGAGUUGACACGUUUGUAUGUAAUCAGUUUUCAAUUUC